AUGUCCAAGCAGUUUUACGUCCAGCUCACACAUGGAAUCCAAGGUGGAAUCAUGCCACCAAACCCGACGUCCAUCCAGACGCUGACGUCUGCCCCCGAGAACGGACAGCCAUCUCUGCUCUUCAAACAGACCAAGCGCUCUCAUGAUCAACCCAAAUUGCCAGACGAACCCACGAUCCAGUCUACUGCCGCCGUGUCCAAGAUCAGCCAAAUCGACGGCCUGAUCGCAGAGCUCGAGGGGAUUCUGAAGAAGCUGCCGACUGAGAAUCCACCAGGUGGAAAGGAUAUCUACGGGUUAGAUAUUGGACUCAUGUACGGGAGCGAUAACGUCGAGUGGAUGAACGCUGCGCCGAGUGGCUGCGGCGGUGGCUUUUCCGAGGUCGAACCAACGCCAGAACAGAUUGAGCAAUUCAAGCGUGCGGUUGCGAUUGUAGAAGAGAUUGGAAAUCUGUCCCAGUAG